AUACAGACACGUUCCCUACAUGAGGGACCAGGCCACGCAGACCCCCAGGGCCUGGGCAGAUGAGAGGAGGCGGGGCUCUCACAAGCGCUCAGCGUCCUGCGGGAGCACCGACCAGCUGAAGGAGAUCGCUAAGUUGCGGCAGCAGCUCCAGCGCAGCAAACGCAGCAGCCGCCAUCGAAGAGACAAAGAGCGCAAGUCUCCGUUCAAUGGUGGCCACGGCAUCAUCCAAUCACAGUCGCCGUUGCCCAAGACCAUCCUCAUCCCCAUCCCCAUCUCAAAGUCCUCAGCUCCGCGCUUCCGGAACAGCGUGGAAGGCCUCAACCAGGAGAUCGAACGCAUGCUCAUCCGCGACACGCCCGACAAGGAGGAAGUCAUCGUUCCCCAGGACGUGCCAGACGGGCACCGGGCGCCCCCCCCACUGCCCCCCCGCCGCAGCAGCAGCACGCGCAGCAUUGACACCCAGACGCCCUCGGGGGGAGGCCUGAGCGGUAACCAUAGCAACUGCAGCAGCCGGCCCGACUCGAUCUCGCCCUCCUACCUCACCAUCCUCAGUGGGGGGGGCAGCCCGUACGAGGAGAAAGAGCUGGGUCCCUGCUCGCCGCUGCCCAAGUACGCAGCGUCCCCGCGGCCCAACAACAGCUACAUGUUCAAGCGGGAGCCGCCGGAGGGCUGCGAGAAGGUCAAGGUGAUCGAGGACACCAUAUCCAAGCCACUCCACGACAUCCCGCAGUACCUGUGUCCCGACCGCAACAAGGUCAACUUCAUCCCCAACAGCGGCUCCGCCUUCUGCCUGGUCAGCAUCCUCAAGCCCCUGCGGCCCGCGGCCGAGCUGGGCUUCCGGUCGGCGGUGGGCCUGCGCAGCCACUCGCCCUCCCUGGUGCCACUAGGGGGCCUGCGGAGCCACUCCCCCUCCCUGAGCCUGGCGCGGAGCUCCGCCCCCACCCUGGUUGAGGAGCCCGAGAGCUUUUGA